AUGAGCUCCCAUAAGAAGACCCCGUAUGUGGCUGUCCCGACAACACCUGGGGAGGCCCAGGCUUCCGACUUCGCCGAAGAGUUCGAAAUGCAGAUGCUAGGACUAGAAGAUGACGGAACUAUCAGUAGACAUCACCAAGAAGAAGAAGAUGUAGAUACCCAAGCCGAGGGUCAAUCUUCGAUGUCUAUGGCAUUCAUGAACAUGGCCAAUUCCAUCUUAGGUGCAGGGAUCAUAGGACAACCAUUUGCCUUUAAGAAUAGUGGAUUAUUAGGAGGCAUUGUAGUGCUUGGACUCUUGACGGUGUUAGUUGAUUGGACACUUCGCUUGAUUGUGGUUAAUGCCAAUCUUUCUCAGAGCAAAUCGUACCAGGACACUGUGAGUUACUGUUAUGGUCGAUGGGGGAAGAUAGUUCUUCUUUUCGCUAUUGGAUCGUUUGCUUAUGGUGGACUAAUGGCCUUCUGUGUCAUCAUUGGAGAUACCAUCCCCCACGUCUUACGGGUGGUGAUUCCUCUGUCGGUUACUGAUGAUGGCUCUCCAUUCAGUUGGUUGUUCCGUCGGAACACGGUGAUCAUUAUGUUUACGACGUUUAUAUCGUACCCAUUGUCACUUAAUAGAGACAUUAGCAAGUUAGCCAAAGCUUCGGGGCUUGCCUUGGUGGGUAUGAUCAUAAUUGUGGUGAUAACCGUGGUCCGAGGUCCAAUGGCUGAUAGUAGUUUGAAAGAACCAUUAACUCCGCUACAAUGGACGGUGAAUUUUAAUAUCUUUCAAGGUAUCUCCGUGAUUUCCUUUGCCUUGGUCUGUCACCAUAACACGUUAUUCAUUUAUAAUUCGUUAAGAAACGCAACCGUCACCAAGUUUGCCAAGUUAACCCACAUAGCAUGUUUUGUGUCGAUGCUUUGUUGUCUUGUGAUGGCCGUCAAUGGUCUAAUCAACUUUGGGAAUGCAACGAAGGGCAACAUCUUGAAUAAUUUCAAAAGUAACGAUAAUUGGAUCAAUAUCGCCAGACUCUGUUUUGGGUUAAACAUGUUAACCACUUUCCCCUUGGAACUUUUCGUGGUUAGAGAUGUGAUUAAAGAAAUCGUAUUGGCAAAUCAAGAUGGUGGAAGUGUUCAUGAUGUUGAAUUGUCUAAAAUGCAUCAUUUCUUGAUCACCACUGUCUUAACAUUCACGUCAAUGAGUGUGGCAUUAUUCACAUGUAAUUUGGGAGUGAUUUUGGAGUUGAUUGGUGCAACUUCUGCUUCUCUAAUGGCUUAUAUCAUUCCUCCAGCUUGUUAUAUCAAAUUAUCAUGGCAAAGGAAGGACUAUUAUAAUUUGAGCAAACCGGAUAAAAGGAAGUUUCUUCUUCACCGAUUAGCACCCAGUGGUUUCUGUAUAUUCUUUGGCUUUGCAGUGAUGAUAAUAAGUUCUAUCGGAAGCAUAAACUCAAGUUUAAACUCCAAAGAUGCUGGUCAUUGCAAUGUGGAGUAA